AUGAAGUGGGAGGAGCCAGAGGUUCAGAAGCCCGAGACAGUUAUCGGUGAUCCAACUAUGGACCCUGACCAAUUCCCGAGCCAGACUCCUUUGCUUACAUGGACCGGCUCUGUUGACUCAUACACUCCUCCUUCGCAGCCAACGGAGCCAAGCAACGGCUUGAUCACGCUCCGUGCAACUAACAAAACUGGGAGAGCCAUUGCCUUCAAACGGAUCAAACUUAGUAUGAUACCGACCACAAAUAUCGGGUUUCCGCCAACCUGUUUGUUCAUUGAGGACAACCUCGACGAGUGGAAAGAAUGGGUCAAUCCAGAGACUAUCAUCAAGGAUUGGGAAGCUAGACGGAAAGCGAGAAUUGAUGCGGAUAGAGAAGCCGCGGAAGCUGCAAAGAAAGCGGAAGAUGAAAGGAAGAAAGCUGAGCUUGAUGAGGAGAGAAGUAAACAGCAAGAGAAGAAAGAGCCAGUGGCUGGCCUCGAGAUUCCUUCCGCUGAUGCUCCAAUCAAAAUAAUUCCAGACGCCGAAGACUCAAUCCUCACUGGGAAAGAGUCAAACCUGUCCGAAAAAAUCCAGGUCCCAGCCACCGCUACUGGCGAGAAUACAGGCGGAGUUGGAGACAAGUUCGACUCUCCGAAAGACCCUCUGGUUGAAAAACCCGAUCCAGAGCCGCUGCCGCCGCUGCCCAAGGCCACAUACCUCCUCAAACAGCAUAAGGUGACUGCCCAGGGCAAGAUGUGGGUACGCCUGGAUGGCACUGACAUGGUAUUCGAGAUCAUGCCUAUGGGGAGUGACGGCGAUAUUAAUGAAGGGGGCAAGGUCAUUCUGGGCCGCGAUGCGGUACUGGAAAUUGUUCUUGAUGGCAAAGUGUCCCUUUCUGGCAAAUAUCUGCUCGAGAUCCAGGAAUUUUGGGCAGAUCCAACGGAUGAUGACAGCAGAGCAUUUGAUGAGUUCCCAUACGCCUACGUGGCUGUGGAGCUGAACCCGUCGGGUAACGGCACGGUGAAGGCUCUUGACUACAAUCAGGCCAAGGAGAUCCAGAUGAAGAAGGAGUAA